UCCCCCCGCCACGCCCCUCACGGUCCCCAUGGCCACAGGAGGCCAUGCCCCCGAGACAGAUGUGUUGAUCAACCUGCAUCAGGUUCUGACUGAAGAGGAGAAGGAUCCCACGGCGGAAGCAGAGGAGGACGAGGAGCUGGAGAAGGCGCUGUGUGUGGAACGCUUUGGGGACAUCAUCUCCGAGUCGGCAGCCAAUGGCGCAGAGAAAAUGGGCCGCAGCUACAAUGAGAAGGACUUUGAGUACCACCGGCACAUGUUCCACCACACCCACCACCCGCUCUCCACCCACCUGCCCCCGCCCCAGCGCUUCCGCAAGAGGGUGCUCAGCAUGGACCGGCGCCGCAAGAAGAAGCGCAAGAAAAAGAAGACCUCCAUGCCGCCCUCCGAGGUGACGCCCACCAUCCACGAGGUGGACGAGGAAGAGGCCGAGUCCGACGCGGAGGGACAGGGUGCUGCGGUGACACCCACCGAGGCGCCCGACGAUCAGCCACAGUUUAGCAUGGGCAGCGAGGAAGACUUGGUGGAUCCAGAGCCCUCCAGUAGCUUCCACAUGGAGAGCGAGCGGCCCCCAGAGGGAACCCAGCAAGGGCCCGGCCCCAGCCAGAAGGAGGAGGAGGACCCGGAGGAGGAGACGCAGGAGGAGACACAACAGGGGCGACAACAGAGGAGGGAGGAGGAGGAGGAAGAGGAGGACAAUGAAACACCUAGCAGGUUCACUCCAUCCCCAGAGCCGGCCGCGUCCAGCAGCAGUAGCAUCGGCAGCAGUAGCAGCAGCGGCGGCCAUGGCGGUGGCGGUGGUGGUGGUGGUGGUGGUGGUGGUGGUGGUGUGAGCACGCGCGGCUGGUUCCGCAGGAAGCCGCUGCACCACCGCCUGCAGGGCGCCCAGCGCACCAGCUACGACCUGCGCGAGCGCAUCUGCAUCGGCAGCAUGACCGCCAUGGAGACGGCCGUCUACCAGAAGGUGCCCACCGACGAGGCCGAGGCCCAGAUGCUGGCCAGUGCCGACCUGGACGACAUGAAGAGUCAUCGAUUCGAAGACAACCCCGGGGUGAGGCGCCACCUGGUCAAGAAGUCCUCGAGAUGCCAGAUGCCACGCACCAGCAACAGUUCUCCGCCUCUGUCCAGCCUGAAGAAGAGGAAGAAAGCGGCCGACAAGAAGACACAUGAGGUCUUUGUGGAGCUUAACGAGCUGAUCAUUGACAAGAACCAGGAGAUGCGCUGGAAGGAGACGGCGCGCUGGAUCAAGUUCGAGGAGGACGUGGAGGAGGAGACGGACCGCUGGGGCAAGCCCCACGUGGCCUCCCUCACCUUCCGCAGCCUGCUGGAGCUGCGCAGGACCAUCACUCACGGUGCCAUACUGCUGGACCUGGACCAGACCAGCCUGCCGGGCAUUGCUCACUUGAUAGUGGAGACCAUGAUCAUCUCGGACCAAAUACGGGCUGAAGACCGGGCCAAUGUUCUGCGGGCCCUGCUGCUCAAACACAGACAUGAGCGUUUUGUCCGGGUCACUUCACUGGACCCUGCAGUGCCAUCCAAAUGCCACCCAAACGAUGAGAAAGAGGGCCUUUUCCACCGCAACCACUCCACCAACAGCCUGGGCAGCUUCCGCAACCAUAACCACAUGCCGGACACCGCACUGCCCCUGGUGUCCACCGAGGACCACUCCUCCAGACGCAGCAGCAAGGCGGCCUCGGCCACGGUGGACCACGAUAAAGAGAAAAAUCUCCAUCCGAUGGCCGCUCACGCCGAUCACGCGGCAGCCAGGUCCAUGAAGCUGAUGGCCAAGAUCCCCAAAGACGCGGAGGCCACCGUGGUCCUAGUGGGAUGCAUGGAGUUCCUCGAACAGCCUGCCAUGGCCUUCGUCAGGCUCAACGAAUCGGUUCUGCUGGAGUCGGUCCUGGAGGUGCCAGUGCCGGUCCGAUUCAUGUUUGUGCUGGUGGGGCCUCCACAAUCCAACAUGGACUACCAUCAGAUCGGACGCUCCUUCUCAACACUCAUGUCUGACAAGAACUUCCACGAGGUAGCCUACUUUGCCGACGACCGCCAAGACCUGUUGAACGGCAUCAACGAGUUCCUAGACUGCAGUAUUGUGAUUCCCCCCUCGGACGUGGAGGGCAAGGACCUCCUCAAGACGGUGGCCUCCUUCCAGAAACAGAUGCUGCGCAAGAGGAAAGAGAGGGAGCAGAAGAAGUGUCAGAGCACCGCGCCCAAAACCGAGCAGGAGACCAAGGAAAUGAGCGCGGAGGAGCAGGAGGAGGAGGAGGACGUGCUGUCCGUGGACCCGCUCAAGCGCUCCGGCAUCCCCUUCGGAGGCCUGAUCCACGACAUUCGCCGCCGCUACCCCCACUACAUGAGCGACCUGAAGGACGCCAUAGACUCCCAGUGCCUGGCUGCUGUCAUCUUCAUCUACUUUGCAGCGCUGUCGCCCACCAUCACCUUCGGGGGUCUGCUGGGAGAGAAAACGCAGGGCAUGAUGGGAGUGUCGGAGCUCAUCAUCUCCACGGCAACUGUUGGGGUGGUAUUCACCCUGUUAGCUGGUCAGCCGCUGCUUAUCACUGGAUUUUCUGGACCACUGCUCGUCUUUGAGGAGGCUUUCUACAAGUUCUGCCAGGCUCAGGGCUUCGAGUACCUGGUGGGCCGGGUGUGGAUUGGCUUCUGGCUCAUCUUCAUUGUGCUGGUGAUGGUGGCGGCCGAGGGCAGCUUCCUGGUGCGCUACAUCUCCCCCUUCACCCAGGAGAUCUUCGCCUUCCUCAUCUCCCUCAUCUUCAUCUACGAGACCUUCUCCAAGCUCUUCAAGGUGUUUCAGGAGCAUCCUUUGAUGAAAACCUACCCACUCUCAAGUAGCAUCCCACAGUUUGACCCUGAACACCCAGAGAUCGAGUUGCCUCUGCGCAACCAGCCCAACACAGCUCUGCUCUCCCUGGUGCUCAUGUUUGGAACCUUCUUUGUGGCCUUCUUCCUACGAAAGUUCCGGAACAGCAGGUUCCUGGGAGGAAAGGCUAGAAGAAUCAUUGGUGACUUUGGGAUCCCCAUCUCCAUCCUCUUCUCUGUGAUUGUGGAUUACUCCCUCCCUGAGACCUACACGCAGAAGCUCAACGUGCCCUCGGGUUUCUCGGUCACAUCUCCCGACAAGCGAGGCUGGUUUAUAAGCCCCUUCGGCGAUAAACAGCCCUUCCCUGUCUGGAUGAUGGGAGCCUCGGUGGUGCCUGCCCUCCUGGUCUUCAUCCUCAUCUUCAUGGAGACCCAGAUCACCACGCUGAUUGUGAGCAAGAAGGAGCGCCGCCUAGUGAAAGGCUCCGGCUUCCAUCUGGACCUGCUGCUGAUCGUGGUGCUGGGCGCCUUCUGUCCGCUGUUCGGCCUGCCCUGGCUGACCGCGGCCACCGUGCGCUCCGUCACCCACGUCAACGCCCUGACGGUCAUGAGCAAGGCCACGGCGCCCGGGGAGAAGCCCAUGAUCCAGGAGGUGAAGGAGCAGAGGGUGACGGGCGUCUGCGUCUCCAUACUCGUCGGCAUGUCGAUCGUGAUGACAGAUCUGCUGCGCAUCAUCCCUCUGGCGGUGCUCUUUGGCAUCUUCCUCUACAUGGGCAUCACGUCCCUGACUGGCAUCCAGCUCUACGAACGCAUCACGCUGAUGGUCACCCCCGCCAAGCACCACCCCGACCACAUCUAUGUCACCAAGGUGAGGACGUGGAGGAUGAACAUGUUCACCAUCAUCCAGCUGCUGUGCAUCAUCCUGCUGUGGGUGGUCAAGUCCACGGUGGCCUCGCUGGCCUUCCCCUUCAUCCUCAUCAUGACCGUGCCGCUCAGACGCCUCAUCCUCGCACGCAUCUUCGAGGAGCGCGAGCUCCAGGCGUUGGACGCUGAUGAGGACUCACCCAACUUCGAUGAGGAUGGUCGUGAUGAGUAUAACGAGAUUCACAUGCUUGUUUAACGGCUGGCACAGUCCACAGGCUACGGGCACGGGCUACGGGCACAAACCAGUGCCCUCUCCCUCUUCUCCCUUUCUCUCUCUGCUACCAAACAACACUGACCAAUCAGAGCGAACCUACGAAAGCAAGAACUCUUGUUGUUGUUGUUGUGACUCGGGAGUGUGUGUGUGUGUGUGUGUGUGUGUGUGUGUGUGUGUGUGUGUGUGUGUGUGUGUGUGUGUGCGUGUGCGUGUGUGUGCGUGUGUGUGUUUGUGUGUGCAUUUCACGGAAGUAUGCGACUACCGACUACCAACAAAGCCUGCCUGUGGCACAGGGAAUUGGCGUGUAAAUCCUCGCCACUUGUAAUUAGUCUAUGUAAAAAAGAUUAUGAAGAAAAAAGGCAGAAGAACCAUAAUUCACUGUUCCUAAUUACUUAUGUCUUUAUACUUGUUUUACUGUUUAUGUUAUUCAUAUAUAUAUAUAUGACAUAUGAUGAUAUAA